UACACCCUUGCACAGUGACAACAAGUGCCUAGCUGCUGAAAUGGGGCCACAUGGUUCCAUGCAGUGGUAAAAGGCAUUCAAAGUUCGGGGACUGAUUGUGCCUGAACAGGAGCUGUUUCUACUCUGAGUUCCCAGCUUAAGGGAACCAGCAGGUUAUUUUUUCCUAUUUGUUAUUUUGUUCCUUCCCCAAGUCUGGAAGAAUGGCUUAGCAUACUCGGCAGGACCUAUCUCAGGCCCAGGGAAAUCGACUGUCACUGAAGCCAGCUUGGGGCCUGGGGCAGAGAGAGGAGAGAUCAGAUAAAUCGGAGAGACUUCUUUCAAAACGGGAGCUAUUUGAUCCGUGUGGUAAAUUACAUGCAAGCACUUAUUUUUUGCCAGGAGCGCCAUUAUUUGCUGAUUUUGGAGGCAUGAGUAGACUCUGUGCAGCUGGCUCUCUGUGGCUAAGUAGUCAAGGUCCCAAAUGCUACUGCCACCCCUGCCAUGGUUGCACCAGGGGAUCAGGCCUGGGCCACUUGCUCUCUUUCACUGAGGUAACCAUGUCCUGUAAGCUAUUGCCAGUCCUGCCACAGUUGCACCAGGAGGCCAUGACUGAGGGGCGUCAAUUCCUGCUAAGUCAGGUCUGGAAACUACUUGCUGCUUAUGAACUGCCUCUCCCUCCCCCUGAGCGCAGUCCGAUAUCUUAACCAUGCCUUUGAUGUUCAGGGCCCCUAGCUUGUCUUUAUAUAAUGGAUUCAUUUGUUUUUUCGGGUCUUUCUUGUAAGAGGGACCACCAUAAUCUUCUGACUACUCUGCCACCUUGGCCCCGCCUCUCUAAAUGUUAAGAUUUUUUUAAACAAAAUCAGAGAGAGAAGGAGAAGUAGGAAAAGGGCCUUACAACAUUCAAAUAGUUUACUUUCAUAUAUUGUCUAAACAGAGUAAUGGAGCCCUACUCGCACAGUGGUUAAGUGCUGAGGCUGGUAACCAAAAGGUCUGUCAGCAGUUUGAAUCCACCAGCCACUUCUUGGAAACCCCAUGGGGCAGUUCUACUUUGUCCUGUAGGGUUGCUAUAAGUCAGAAUUGUCUCGAUGGCAACCGUUUUUUUUUUUUUAAACAGAGUCAUAGAUAAUAGAAAGUCCAGUGAAGAAUCUAUCCUGUACUGACUACUUAGCUAUUGAGCAAGGGAUUGAAAAGAACCUUUCUUAGAGGAAUUUAAAAAUCAAGAUUAUAACUUUGUACUUGAUAAUAUUAUAAAAUAGAAACUUACGUAUUUCUGAGCCAAAGCCAAAUACUGAUAGGUAACAUUUAGAGAGUCAUGUUGGGGAUAGUGACUUAAAGCAGUAAGUCCAGCUUCUUAAACAAAAGAAAAAGAAAUAGUUGCAGUAAUUAAUGUAUGUCUUGGGGAUAAGCAAAGAUUAUAAACCUCAAAAUGGAAAAUAAUCUUUAUGUCACUAAAUUCAUUCAUAUAGCAAUUCAAUCACUUAUUCAUUUCAACAUAUUUUCAACUUUUUAACACACUGCUUAUAUUUAAGUAUUUUCUUACUGAUAAGUGAAUUUGCUAAGAACUAUUAUCCUUAUGGAAAUCCUGGUGGAGUAGUGGCUAAGAGUUUGGCUACUAACUAAAAAGUAGCAGUUCGAAUCCACCCGGUGCUCCUUGGAGAUCCCAUGGGGCAGUUCUACUCUGUCCUAAGGUGUUGCUAUAAGUCAGAAUUGACUUAACAGCAACGGGUUUGUUUUUUCUUUGUUUUUUUUCCUUAAUCAUUCUUAUCCUAUUAAAAUAAGUAUAGCAUAUUUUUAUUUAUUUUUUCAUGGAUCUUCUACAACAGAUUUUGGAUGUAAAUGCAUGAUGUCAUACAUUUUAUCUUUGUGUAAUGGAAUGGUGUUUCUUGUUUAAAAAAAGGUAAAAUUGCCCAUUCAUUUAAGCAACUGUAUAAUUUCCUGAAAAAUUCAUUGUUAGAUCAAUCACAGAUAUUAUGAAAAAAUAAAUAAGUAGUUCACUGUUCUUUAUUUACCUUCCACACUCUUGUUUCUUACUUUAGGGAAAACCAAUGAAUAUUCAAUGGAGAAUUAUAGUGAAACAUCAACUGAUUUCAUUUUAUUAGGACUGUUCCCACCAUCAAGAAUUGGCCUUUUCCUCUUCAUUCUCAUCAUUCUCAUUGUCCUAAUGGCUUUAAUUGGUAACAUAUCCAUGAUUAUCCUCAUCCUGCUAGACACCCAUCUCCACACACCCAUGUAUUUCCUGCUUAGUCAGCUCUCUCUCAUGGACCUGAAUUACAUCUCCACUAUUGUCCCCAAGAUGGCUUACAAUUUCUUGUUUGGAAGCAAGUCAAUCUCCUUCAUUGGAUGUGGAGUUCAGAGUUUCUUCUUUUUGACUUUGGCAGGUGCAGAAACACUUCUCUUGGCAUCUAUGGCCUAUGACCGUUAUGUGGCCAUUUGCUUUCCUCUUCACUAUCCUGUUUGUAUGACCAAAAGUGUGUGUGCGCUAAUGACUAUAGGAUCUUGGAUAAUGAGCUCUAUCAAUGCGUGUGCCCACACCGCAUAUGCACUCCAUAUACCCUGUUACCAGUCCAAGACCAUCGAUCAUUUUUUCUGUGAUUUCACAGCCAUAUUGGCUCUGACACACAUGGACACCUGGGUCUAUGACUACAUAGUGUUUGUGUGCAGCACCUUAUUCCUUGUGUUUCCUUUCAUUGGCAUUACCUAUUCCUAUGGACGUGUUCUCCUUGCCAUCUACUGCAUGCCCUCAUCAGAAGGGAAGAAGAAGGCCUAUUCAACCUGCAGUGCCCACCUCACUGUGGUGACUUUGUACUAUGCACCCUUUGUUUACAAUUAUCUACACCCAAGAUCCUUCCGAUCUCCAACAGUAGACAAGGUUCUGGCUGUUUUCUACACCAUCCUCACACCCAUGUUCAACCCUGUCAUCUACAGCCUGAGGAACAAAGAGGUAAUGAGGGCCCUGAGAAGAGUUACUCAGAGAAUGUUCUCUCUGUGAAAAUGUAGACAAGAUUUCUGCAUCAAUCUUCAAGCUGAAAGUGUCUAUUCUGCAGUGAAUGGACAAGGUCUAAGGUUAUAUUAGAAGAUUUUAAAAACUAGAAGUUUGACAAAAUAAUUUUACAUUACUAAGGCAUGUU